AAACUGUCAUUUAUUUACGGUAUGCAAAAGUACUCGAAUGUACGGCGAGGAGGGAAACCGGCUACUGACUUGUAUUCAUGACUUGCCUAGUCGAGUAGAAGUGUAGUCAAGCGGCCACGCUGUCUUCAGUCAAAGAUUCAGUCCGUCUGGUUCGGUCGCGUGGGUUAGAUAAACGAGACCCGGAUUAUCCGACAACAAAAAUGUUCUUGUGUACAGACAGGUUUUAAUCGCUGGAAUCCAGCAAUUAGUGCUUUGAUAAGUGAAUUGUUGUUUACUUUUACGCUAGAUCUGCCAGCAGUCGCGAUGUCGGGCGGCGGCGCGACGGGCCCGCUGCUGUACGCGGUGGCGGCGGCCGUGCUGGGCAUGCUGCAGUUCGGCUUCAACACCGGCGUCAUCAACGCGCCGCGCAGCUUCAUCGAGAGCUUCAUCCAGGACAACUACGACGCGUCGCCGGGCCUUCUGUUCAGCGUCACGGUCAGCGUGUUCGCCGUCGGCGGCAUGAUCGGCUGCCCGCUGGCUAGCUGGCUCAUGGACCGCCAAGGGCGAAAGAACGCCAUCCUACUAAACGCGGCGUUUGGAGUUAUAGGCGCCGCACUCAUGGGUUUCAGUAAACUCGCCACGUCAGUAGAGAUGCUAAUCAUUGGUAGAUUCCUGAUUGGAAUUAACUGCGGGUUCGCGACUACCGCGUCUCCGACGUACGUGUCAGAGGUGUCUCCGCUGCGGCUGCGCGGCGCGUUCGGCACGGUGAACCAGCUGGCGGUGGCCGUGGGGCUGGUGGGCGGGCAGGUGCUGGGCAUCGACGUGCUGCUGGGCAGCGCGGAGGGCUGGCCGUGGCUGCUGGCGCUGGCGCUGCUGCCGGCCGGCGCGCAGUGCCUCAUGAUGCCCUUCGCACCGGAAAGCCCUCGCUUCCUUCUCCUCUCCAUUCGCGACGAGGAGAAAGCCCGGGAGGUGCUGUCCCGGCUACGAGGUACCACCGAGAUCGAUGAUGAGAUCAACGACAUGCACGCAGAGGAGCGCGCCGAGCGGCAGGAGAAGAAGUUCACGAUCGGCGACUUGGUGCGGACCCGUGCGCUGCGGGAGCCGCUGAUUAUCGGCAUCGUCAUGCACCUGUCGCAGCAGCUGGGCGGGAUCAACGCCGUGCUUUACUUCUCCACCACCAUCUUCAUAAGCGCGGGGCUUGAAGAGGCUGAUGCUAGACUCGCCAGUAUCGGGGUGGGUUCAGUCCUGUUCGUGAUGGCGAUAGUUUCGAUCCCGCUGAUGGACCGGCUGGGCCGCCGCUCGCUGCAGCUCUGCGGGCUCGGCGGCAUGGCUUUAUUCUCCGUGCUCAUGACGGUCGCUCUCAACACUUACGAGAACAACACCACCAUGAGCGUAUUCGCGGUUGUGUUUACCUUCCUGUACGUGGCAUUCUUCGGAGUAGGCCCUAGUUCUAUCCCCUGGAUGAUAUUGUCGGAACUGUUCGGGCAGGGCGCCCGCAGCGCCGCCGUCAGCGUCGGCGCACUCACCAACUGGUUCGCCAACUUCAUCGUGGGACUCACCUUCAUCCCGCUCACAGACCUACUGGGCAACUAUGUAUUCCUGCCUUAUACGGUUCUGUUACUGUUGUUCUUUGCAUUCACAUACUUCAAGCUGCCUGAAACUAAGAACAGGACUAUCGAGGAAGUGACGGCUCUCUUUAAGAAGUAGUCUCGGAGGUGAUGAAUUUAAAACAUUCCGUAGUGGAUAAGAAACCAAUUUAUAUUGCAAUAAGUGUAACAUUUACAAGUAUUACCUAUUACAUAGUGAUUUAUACAUUUAAUUCCAAUGUAAUGGUUCUGUAAUAGUUAGUAGGCGGUGAGCUCUAGUUGAGGUAGAAUUUAGAGGGAUGAUUGAUUAAGUUUUGAAUGGAGUUUCGUUUGUAAAUAUAUAUUUUUGUUUAUUUCUCUCACUGUUUGAUGUUCCUUAUUGCUGCAUUCCAAGCACAAUACCUACUCUGUUCGAAACUUAAUCAAAUUAUAUUGUUAUUGAAAAGUUUCGUUACCCACUACAGUACCUUACUGGUUUUAGACAACAAUUACUAAGACUGAACAACUAUUUUAAAAUUAUUAUAUUUCCUAUUCUAAAGUACUUAUCCCUUAAAUAAUAAUAUAAAUGGUAGGUACGAAUAAUUUACACCAUAAGUAAUACCUAACUGUAUCUUUACGGUAGAAUCUUUGAAGAUAAGUACCUGCUACCAAAUUACUAUCAAUAUCUAAAUCUUUGAAACGAAUCAUUUAAUCAGAUAUUAAUUACGAAUAAUCAUGAUUCUAAUAAAGAAUUUUGAUUGUACUUAAUUGAUAACGUUAUAUAAUUUGUUAAAAUUACAUGUAACUACCCACUUGGUUUUCAUUGAGACAUUCCUUAUUUGAUAUAAAAAUGUAAUGAUUCAUAGCAAAAUAUAUUCAUGAACUAUAUAAAUAGGAAAGUAGUAAUUCUGAAAAUGUUUUAUGUGUAGAAUACCUACAAUAUUUCUACUAAAAUAUUUGUAUCUAAGUACCUACCUAAGUAAAAUAUUAAAUAAGUAAAAUACAAAGGAAAUCUAUACUUAGCAUAAGAAUUGUCUUGGAAAUCAAUUUAACUUAUUUUUGCUUUUAUGGAUUGGACCAAUUUUUUAAGGGUCCUAACUUGAACAUUCCACUAAUAUAUUAUUUAAAUAUCUAAUUUAAAAUCUUGAGUAUAGGUAGCUAAUAUUUGGUGCUGUUUUGUAAUUAUUGUUUAUUUUUGUUGUGCCUUAUUAAUUAUUAUUACUUACUGUUACUUGUUUUGAUGCAAAAUGCUUUGAAUCACAAUUAUAAAUUAAUAUACAUAUUAUAUUUGAAGUAUUAUCUACACCGUCCUACGGUACCUCAGUGCCAAGGAAUCCUCAUAUUUAUAAGGAUGAUAAUAAUAUAACAAAAGAAGCACUUUUAGAUAUCAUAGACUAUUUUAUACACAAAUAAUUAUGAUGUAGUGAAUAUAAGUUAUUCUUACUUAUAGAAUUAUAAAAAUCACAUUUAUUAAUUUAAGGUUCAAAGAAUUGUAGAAGGAAUUAUUCUACAUACGAGUAUGACUCGACUCCAUAAGAGUAACACUUAGGGCUUUCUUUAGGUUUUAAUUCAAGCAUACCUAUCGUAAACUUUAAGUGUUGCACUUAGGAAAGUCACUUACAUUAAUUACCUUGCCUAAAGAACUAACUGAAAGGUAUUUUGCUCAACUGAAGCGAUGCAUAUAGGAAGUCGAAAACGAAUAGAUAAACAUAAAUUGUGACCUUCUAAAACAAAUUUAGGUAAUCGAUUUAAAUAAAAAUAUUAAUUAAUCGUUCAUUGUUAUCAAAUAAACAAAUAUUAUUUACUUCAUGAA